AUGGAGAGAGAGAGAAAUGAGCAGCAGCAACAGCAGCAAUGGAGAGAGAGGAACGAGCAACAACAAUGUCAUCAAGCUGUCGGGGACAUCCUUAGCAAGAAAAACAAGUACAUUGAGGUGGCUAAGCAAGCUGAAGCUGCUCAAAAGCCUGUUAAAAGCAAGAAAUUGCGUGAAUGUGCGCAUCCAGAGACUCUUGCUCAAAUGCCAGAGAGUGGACAUAAGAAAGAUAAAUCUAGAAUUACCGUGAUGUUAUCAUGCAAUGCUUUGGGGACAGAGAAAAUAAAACCUUUGAUUAUUGGAUUUGUUGCUAAACCUCAUUGUUAUAAGCAUGUUGAUAUGGACUCUCUCCCACAUAUCAAUUAUUGCUUUAACAAGAAAGCAUGGAUGACUGGUGACAUUUUCAAACAAUAUAUGCUUGGUCUCAAUGCUAAAUUUGAAGAUGAAAAUCGUAAGAUUCUGUUAUUGAUGGACAAUGCGACUCCUCAUGACAUCGAGGAAUACGAAGAUCUGCUAACACAUAUUAAGGUUCAUUAUCUUCGCCCUAAUAUGACAUCACAUCUUCAACCCGCAGAUGCUGGCAUAAUUGCAAAUUUUAAGGUCAAGUAUAAAAGUCGUUUUAUCAAGCAUUUGAUUGAUGAAUAUGAGCGCAAUGGAAGUCACCCAUUAACUAAUGACAACAAGUUUUACGUCAAGCAAUUAACACUCUUGUAG